AUGUACGGAUCACGUCUGUUCGUCGGGGUGGCCACUGCCGCCCUCUCGAUAACUGCGGCGGCACAGACUUUCGUCAGCAGCCGAGCGUCGUCUACUAGUUCCUCGACAUCCAUCUCCGCAACACCCACGAGGGCAGCCGGUCCAAACGUCAUUGUUAUCGAGGUGGGAAAAGCCGGGAUGUGGUCCAGCGGCGAGAAUUACACUGACCCCGAGAGCUUCGAUAAACCCCUUGAAUGGCAGUUCACACUUGACACUGAAGAGCCCAUGUUCUUCUACUGCUCCGCUCGUACUUCCUGUUCAACUCAUAAGAUGAUCGGUGUCAUCAACCCUAACGCUACGCAUUCAUGGGAUGCCCAACGGAAGUACGCAGAACAAGUGACAUACGAUCUAAAGCCGGGAGAGACAUGGAAGGCUGAAGAUCCAAAUUAUGGAAAAGAAGAUGGAAGCAAAAAGUCGGGCCUUAGUGCCGGAGCCAUCGCGGGAAUCGCCAUUGGCGCGGCCGCCGUGGUAGCCAUUGCCGCUGCCUUGGUCUUUUUCUGCGGCCGAAGGGGAGGGUUUCAAAAGGCCUAUCGCAAGAGCGCCAUUCAGCCGCCGGCACCCGCUACCGAUGCCGCUGGUGCUCCGGCCAUGGUAGAGGCACAGUACCACAACCAACACAAUCCAGCCAGCCCUGUCCCGACACCGGCAGGCCUGAAGAGUCCCGGCCAAGCCAGCUUCACGACCUUCUCGACUUAUCCGCACAUGGACCCCAAUGACCCAUAUCGAAGCAUGACGGCGAGCCCUCAGCAACCUCCAUACCCAUAUGGAACUCCCCCACCACAGCAAAACCCUGUCUCGCCGGGAUCUCCUUAUGGUUACAACACUUAUAAUGGACACGCAAUGUCCGCGCCUGGGAGCGCGCCUGUUCCCGGGCCCAACUCGCCUCUCAUGAUUGGAGAACUCAGCUCGGUUCCUCACUCUCGUGAUGUUAAUUAUCAAGCUCCGGUUGAGCUUCCGAGCGGAGACGGCACCUCAGUCAGGCCUCCAUCGACGAUGCCGGGAUCGCCUCCUCCGCAAUAUGAGAGCGGGAGCAAUGAAGGUGCCAAACAGGGUUGGACAGUUGGCGAGGAGAAUCAGUUUCAGAAGCGAUGAGUGGUAAUUUGCUUUUGGGGCUGUCAACCGGCAGUUGCUUAAUGAAUGAAGGACUAUAAAUGGCACAGAGGGAAUCAAUGGGAACGACGAUAGGCAAACCUAUGCCAUGUGUCUCUCGAACUCAAAUUACG